AUGGAUCCUGAAGAAAAUAAGACUACGGUUUUGGAAUUCAUUCUCUCCUCCUCCAGCAAAAGCAGCUUGGAGUCCACAAUUUUCUCCUUCCUUUCGUGUCCGGAUUCAGCAUUGUUCUCUAACAAUUUCUUUUUUGAAUGUCUCUCACCCUGUGAUGAUAAUCACUACGUUAAGGAUCAGCUCAUCCAUCGUACUCUACGACGACUCUUGCUUCUUCUCGAGUCCACUAAACGGUGCUCACGGAAGCAGCUCACACUCCACAAUUCCAUCUCUUGGUUCCUCCCUCCCGACCUCACGAUUAAGGUCUUUUCGAUGCUUGAUACAAAGUCUCUCAUGCAAGUUGCUGCUUGUUGCACCAUGUUCAACAAAUCUGCCAUGGAGCCUUUAUGUUACUCCCACAUCGACUUGACGACAGCUUUUGCACACGCUGAUGAUGGAGUUGUACGUACUAUGAUCCAACGUGCUGGAAAGGAACUUAGAUCCCUUAAACUUGGUCGUCCUCCUCACCAAAAUGAAUAUGCUACAGUUUUGCUUAGUGCCUAUUGCCUUGCUCCACUAUCCCCUGAUAUGGGUUUUACUGGGGUUCGCUUGAGAAGCUUACAUCUUUACAGUAUCACAUGGUUGAACGAGAUGUCCUUAUGUACUUCAUUGUCAGCCUGCUCAAAUCUAUUUGACUUGAAAAUUGUUGAGUUUAAUGGUUCAUUAGAGCUGGUAUUAAAGUCACUCGCGAGAAAAUGUCGCUUGAUAGAGCAUCUUUUCUUAGAGACUUCUUUUGGAGACGAUUGCGUUACAACAGAAUCAACCAUCGACGCGUUUGUGACUAAUUGCUCGAACUUAACUUCCCUAACACUUAAAGACUUCUAUCUAAAUGACCAAAUAGCUCGAAUUCUUGUUAAGGGAUUUCGUAAACUUAAAUAUAUGAAUCUAUCCCGCACAUUUGGAUUUGAUGGAAGCUUUUUGAGGUCAAGCUGCAAAAACAGUUUGCUCGAGACUCUAAUAUUGCGUGACUGUUCUCUAAAGGAGAGAGAAGUUUUGGAGUUUUUUAAUUCACUAGUCGCUGGGAACUUCAGAUUCAUUCGGUAUAUUGAUGUAUCAAGAAAGAACGGUUUAAUCUGUGAUGGAGACACAACAUCAUCCGAACCAAACUUUCCUUUGGAAAAGCUGAAAAAAGAAAGACCAUAUUUUAAACUUGUGGCAGAAUUUCCCACAAAUGUACCAAGAGAGAUGUCAAGGUAUGAUUACUUUUUUUUCGCUUCAUUUGAUUCCUGUAUGCUCUGA